AUGUGGUUUAGCAGCAGCAGCAUCCUCACUUUUCUGAGUCUUUUACUGUUACCGCUACGUGAGAUCCACUGCCUGGAUAUAGAUGGAAUUGGACAGCUGGGUUUCGCUGGAAACUAUGCAGGCAUCUCUAAUGCGAAAAGUACCUUACAAUUCGAAGCACUCUUACUACCAACACCUGAUACCCAUCACCUAAUACAACAAAAAGACGGCCUCUUUGAAAACAUGGCAGCAUUCAAUGGCAAGAUCACCAGCUAUUGCGCACUGGAAAACGACAUAUAUUUUGGUGGAUACUUUGAAACUGUUAAUGAAACACCGUUUAAUCAUAUUGUGAGAUACAAUACACAAUCAAAUCAAUUUCAAGCGCUGGGACAAGGCAUAAAUGGAUCUGUUUAUAGCCUGUAUUGCGAUGAUGUGGAUCAGAUUGUCUAUGUAGGUGGAAAUUUCACUGCGCAUGCGAUUCAGUGGGAUAUCAAAACAAGCCAAUGGACACCUGUACCUUGGAAAGGGUUUAAUGGACCUGUGUACAUCAUUACAAAAAACAAACAAUACAACUCUCUCUUGUUUGGAGGUCGAUUUGAUGCGACCGGCGAUGAGCAGUUCUUUAAUUCAAAUACAAGCCAACUUAUACCAUUGAGUUCACCUACUUCUAUAUCGUCAGGCAAUGGAGCUCGAUUUGGUACCUUUAAUGAUCCCAGUAGCAUUGUGUGUCCAUCGAAACCAUCACCCGAAUCCACCACAGGCAAUCCAUGGUACCUGCAAGACGGUGUCCCUGGUUAUUGGGAUGCAAACUUUAUCAAUCCAGUACAACCCACUGUGUUUCGAUUAGCUAAUACGCAUACAGACAGAGGCACUGUGUCAUUCAAUAUACUGGCUUUGGGGCUAAACGAAUACUACAACCUCUCGUAUGUGGACCCCAUCACGCAGCAAACAGUACAGUGCUCGACAGACUGUAUUUUAUCGAAUGAUACCUAUCAAGAUUUCACUGUGUUGGACUCAAUGACGUCCAGCGGUGUUCGUAUCAAUAUCAACAGCUGGUAUGGCCAAGGUGGUGGAUUGGGCUUUGUUCAGAUAUUUCAGUCAGAUAUAUCUGUAAACCCUCAUCUCAAUACAGACAGUCAUUCUCAAUGUAACCCUUCUGCAUCAUCGACACAAACAACAGUGAUUGGCAAUUGGCAAGAUGUCUAUGUCUAUGGCUACUACCAAACUGUAUUGCAAGCCAAUCUGCCUUAUUCAGAGCUAGCCACAUCCAACAUAGCACUGAUUUAUGAACCAAAUAUCCCUACACAGGGUCAAUACGAUAUUUAUGCAACUACACCUGGAUGUGUAGGUAGCUCUAACUGCUUCCAAAGAACUCAGGUUGAAUACACAUUGCAACUAUCGCCAGGCGUCGUCAGUACGGUGCUAUCCGAUCAAAACACCUUUUCAGACCGUCGUACCUUGUUGUACAGCGGAUUCAUUUCACCUGUGUCCUCUACAUUCAGACCCUCGAUUACACUGAAACCAGCCACAAAUGCAACGAAGCCAGAUGGAGAGAAUGUCAGUAUCAUGGCAGAUACUAUUGAAUUUGUGAGAAAUGUCACAGCGCCUCCAUUAGUCAGCAUUUUGGAAUAUACCCCAUCUUUGAAUAACGCGACAGAUAAUACCACCAUCGCAUGGAAACCACUGAAUCAACAAUUGCCUCUGGGAAGUACAGUGUACUCCAUCGAUGCAUCCGAUGGCAAUGUACUCUACAUUGGAGGACAAUUCACAUCAAGCACCAACACCACCACGAAUGGAUAUCAAAACAUUGUGUCUUACAACAACGCUUUGGGCCAGCUGUUGCCAUUGCAAAACACAACCACGUCAGGAUUAAACGGAAAAGUGUCAAAGUUGUUAUUGCAUGCGACAACUCUAUUUGUAGGAGGCGAGUUUAAUACAACAACCUCAGCAAAUAUAGCACAGUUUGAUAUUGUACAGCAGACCUGGAGUUCAAUGGGCAAUGGAGUGGAUGGUCCUGUCGAAAACCUUAUUUUAUCUCCCACAAAUGACACAUUGACAGUAUCAGGAGCAUUCACGUAUCGAUUCGCACCAGACCCGAAAGUGUCCAUCGGCAAUGCUGCUUGGGACAUCAACACAAAAUCAUGGAUCGAGCGCGAGUCCCUUCUAGUAGGCAGCAUUGCGACAGACGUAACACAUCAACAGCAACGCUAUUUUGCAGGCGCUUUACUUGGAGCACAGACCUACCGUGCCGAUCUUGUUACAUCCAAUCAUCUCGGCAGUGCAUCGUCUGUUGUGUUGAAUCAAUCCAGUAGCAUCAUCACAGCAGGCGUGACAUGGAUGAACAAUCAAACGAGACCAUUUACGCCUGUCGCUAUUGUUGCUGCCUACAAUCAACAGAAUACCACUACAGCGGUUUCCAUGUACAAUAAUAAAGCAUGGACCCUGAUUGAUGUGUUUCAGGGACAGGUCAACUCGUUGGCUGCCUUUGAGAACAGGCUUUUAGUCGGUGGCCAAUUUCAGUCUACACAGAAUCGAUCUGCCAGUUUAGCCAUGUAUAGUUUGGGCGACCAGAACAAGAUGCUGGCACUAGGUGGCCCUCUAGAUGCCACUGGAAACCCCGGGAUUGUCAAUACCAUCAAAAUACACCCUGAUGGUAAACGUAUCGUGAUUGGAGGUCAGUUCACUCGCGUAGGAUCAUUCGAUUGCGAUGCUGUAUGCGUCAUGGACCCCAAUAUUCGACAAUGGAACAACCUUGCUUUGGGUCUCUCAGGCAUCAUUUACGACAUUGUCACCUAUCCAGGCCAAGAUGGACAGAAAUUAACAGCGAUCGGCGAUCUACAGAUACAGAACAUCCCCACCAACUUUGCUACGCUCUCCAACACGGAUACCUUUUGGACUACGACGACCACUGCAGAUCCGUUACCUGGCGUACCUACAACAGCUGUCAACGGGCUCGAAUCCGAGAUCUUGGUUGCCGGUCAAAGCACCUCCUCUUCUGGUUACUUUGUAGGUGCUGUGAAUGACGGUCAAUUUACUUCAUUGGCUGCAAAUUUGGGUCCAGGCACCAACAUCAGUCAACUACUUUUGGUACCUGUCACCAACACCACUUCAGAACAACGAUUUCCAUCUGGCACACAAAACAUGUUGUUGGCUGUAGGUCAUUUAAACAUCAACCAGUUUGGAAACACGAGCGCAGCCUUGUACGAUGGAUCUGUUUGGCACCCUUUCCUCCUGACAACGCAAAUUAAUGGACGACCUGGUGUCAUUCAUCAGAUCAUUCAUGCGACGGAUUUCAAUGGCAUCAAGAAAGCGCGCAAAUAUCUGUCCGUAGCUGCUGUCAUUUUGAUAUCUAUUGCUAUAUCUACUGGUAUCCUAUUCGCUAUGAGCAGCCUUGGUUUGCUGUUCUUGUACAGACAACACAAAAAUACACAAGGGCCAAAUGCUAUGCCACCUUGGUCGCCCAGUAAUCGAUUGGUUGAUACAUUUGGCUUGUUCAAUACCGGUACAUUAGGCGCAUCUGCUAUUUCUGCCACUGGACCUACCGCUACAGCAACUGGUCUUGGUGCCGGUGCUGGUGCUGCUGCCGCUGCUUUUGCUACCAGUCGAUCGGUUGCAGCAGGACCUUCCAAUGCCACCUCAAGGUCUGCAUUUACGCAUGACGAUGCAGGUGAUUUAGGUAUAUCGCCAACAACUACGAUCGUCAACAAUCCUCUACCCAUCAGUGCACCAGCAGCUGGCGUGCUGUCGUUUGACGCCAUGUUGGCAGCAGCAGCCAAAUCAAGUCAUGCAGAUGCGAUUAGUGAGACAAAUCCAAAAGUGUUCCAUGCAAAAUACCCCUUCAAAGCGCAAGAAUAUGGUGAAUUGAAUCUCGAAGCAGGUGAUACUAUUGUUGUGACAGAUACUACAGAUAAUAUCUGGUGGUUGGGCUACAAGGAUGGCGGUGCCAACAAACCAUUGUCUGGUGUCUUUCCAAGUAAUUAUGUCACUGCUUAA